AUGGAAAAUACAAGUGCAACUGGUGAAAGAGCUUCAUCGUCAAUAUCCGCGACCGAUGAAAAAGAUCUAGUUACAUCAAUACGCAAGCUUGAAUUAAUCAAAGAGUUAGGAGAGAAACAAAACCAAUUCCAACGUCUUCAAACAAACCUGCAACAAAUAACUGAAUUGGCUACACGUGAGAAUCAAGCUUUACGUGAAUUUCGUAAAGAAUUGGAUAUGCUCGUACAAGAACGUUUAUCUCACAUUGAAGAAUUACGAUUAAUCCAUGCUGAUAUCAAUAUCAUGGAAACAACGAUUAAGCAAGCUGAAGAAGAACGAAGUAAAGCAAUACAAGAUAGCAAACGUUUGUUGAAAGAUUAUCAACCGAUCAAAGAACAAGUGAACAAAUUACGUGACAUGCUCAAUGUUGAGAGACUUUCUAUCGAUGAUGAUGAAGCAGUAGCGAUGAAUAUGCAAUUGAUUUCUCAACAACCAUCUGAUCACGAUCUCUCAUCGACUCGAAAUGAUCCUUCGUUAUCUACAAGUUUGGAAAAUCUCCAUGAGCGAUUCUCAUUGAAUACGCCAUUACAUUCUCAACCUCAACAAAUGGCGAAUUCAGUAGGUCCAAAUUUUCCAGCGCCGACUAAUAACCAGCCACCAACAUCGACGUUGUCUAUUCCAAAAGUGAUUGGAUCGAAUCUUGAUCGCACCACUUUUCGACAACAACCGCCUCCAAUGAAGACUUGUCAAUCAUGUCAACAGCAAAUCCACCGUAAUGCUCCGAUCUGUCCUAUUUGUAAAGCAAAAAGUCGUUCACGCAAUCCUAAAAAACCUAAACGUCGUCAAGCCGACAUUCAUUCAUAA